UCCAUGCCCGGUGGUCCUCGGGUGUGGGGCCGCGCGCUGACCGACAGCCCGGUUCGGCCGUGGAUCCCCCAGUCCCCGAAACUCGCCGAGCGCUGCUGUUCAACCAGACGACGCGCAGGAGUGACUGACAGAAGAUCUUCAUACCAACAGAGACGCCUUCCGCUGCUUUUGUUCUCAGCAGUGCUGUGUGCCCAUAGCAACAGUGGGCGAAUCCAGCAAAGUUGAAAACAGAAAGUACCGAGUUGGCAGGAAGGUUGAUUGCCCUGGAGAAGCUGACACCCUUGUACAGAUGGAAAUGAUUUCUCCGACUCUUGAAAAAUGUGGUCGUCAACCCCACAUACAAACCGCAUCUCCUGUUUUCUUUAAGAUGAGGAGUCCGGUCAAGAGGCAGGGUGGCCACUGCUGUGGGUGUGGAUGUCCCUGACAAGAUGAAGAGCCGAAUCCCUGUGGUGCUCCUGGCCUGUGGCUCCUUCAAUCCUAUCACCAACAUGCACCUGCGCUUGUUUGAGGUGGCCAGAGAUCACCUACACCAAACAGGAAAGUACCAGGUGGUCCAGGGCAUCAUCUCUCCUGUCAACGACAGCUAUGAGAAGAAAGACCUUGCACCUUCCCAUCACCGAGUGGCCAUGGCCCAUCUGGCCCUGCAGACAUCCAACUGGAUCCGGGUGGAUCCCUGGGAGAGUGAGCAGGCACAGUGGAUGGAGACGGUGAAGGUGCUGAGGCAUCAUCACAGCAAACUGCUCAGAUCUCCACCCCAGACAGAAGGGCCAGACCACGGCAAGGCACUCUCCCCGGGCCAUGCAGCUGUGCCUGAGCUGAAGCUCCUCUGCGGGGCAGACUUCUUGAAGACCUUCCAGACCCCCCACCUCUGGAAGGACGCACACAUCCAGGAAAUAGUGGAGAAGUUUGGCUUGGUGUGCGUGGGCCGCAUGGGUUAUGACCCUAAGGGAUACAUCGCAGAGUCGCCCAUCCUGCAGAGGUACCAGCACAACAUUCACCUAGCCAGGGAGCCUGUGCAGAACGAGAUCAGCGCCACGUACAUCAGGCGAGCCUUGGGCCAGGGCCUGAGCGUGAAGUACCUGCUCCCUGAUGCUGUCAUCGCCUACAUCCAGGACCACAACCUCUAUUCCAAGGACAGCUCCCGGAAAGGCAAAAGCACCCAGAGCAAAGAGGGCAAAACAAGCUAGGGAGAGACUCAGCAGGAUGCCAGCCACUCUUCCUCCACCAAACUCCUGCUGGGGAGAAGGCAGUCAAGGUUUUUGUUUUGUUUUGCUUUGAUUUUUGCUUUUCCAUUUUUCAUUUCUUUUAUUUCUACAAUGAUUUAACUUCUGAGGAGUUGUCUGUCUCAGGAACAGAUACCUUAUUAUGAGGACAGAAAAUGUGUACAUCACAAGGAUAGACAUUUAUCAAAGAAGUUAAAAUGGUGUGGCAGAUCGUCAGGAUUAGGCAAAAUCCCUUAGCACUGCUGAAUGAAGAGGCCUUCUUAUUUUGUGUAAAUGGUAACCGUGGCGUGCACGCUGAAUGCGGUUCUGAGCAUGGCGGGGGCCCCGAAGGUCAGCUCAGAAUUGCCCACGAUGCAUUUUUUAACGAGGACCAGAUGUAGUGAGCUGGUCUUGAUUGGAGAGAUUUGACAGGAUGCUAAUUACUGAGCAGUAGGCUUUGUCAACACUCUUGUUUCUAACAGAAUAUUAACUGAGGAGUCAAAAAUUUGUUAACAGGACCUUGCUGAUUUACACUGAAUUUUCCCUUACAAACCAUUGUCUGACUGCCUGCUGGCCUUUCAUAAAAUUUAAACAAAACAUUUUCUAAGUAGUGACCCUAAAGCAAUAUUUUUGAUAGAUUAAUAACAACUAUUUUUUACAUGCCUAUACCAUAAAUGCCAGGGUCCUCGACUUCCAGGUUUCUACAAAGGAACUGAGGUAAAACAGAUGCCUCUUUUAAAGGAUGUUUUUGAAUGUUUUAUGACUGCCUGCCUGUUUGAAUAUUGGCAAAAGGAUGAAUAAUAAAUUGACAUCAAAAAGUA